AUGGUUUCUACUCAUACUAAUAGGCGCUACCCCCGGCGCUACUCCAACACCAGGAUCCUGUCUUGGAAUAUCCCGAAAGGUAUCUUCAAUUCAUGGCGAAUCCUAUCGCUUAUCACCCAGUACUCCACGUUGGUAGCCACGCAAAAUGAUCUUAUCAGACAGAGCGCAAUGACGCAACGAUCUCAUAUCGAAAUCGACCUUAAUGCAAUUCCCGCCAUGGAGGAAAGCGAGAAGAGCUUGAUGGGGGCCAACCUGGCACAAACCCUUGACCAGAUCCCCAAUCUAGAGCUUUCUGAUGAUAGAUUACCCCCAAAAACUGGACUUGUUUUUUCGCACAGUCAUUCAGCUUUCAAGCCAUAUACGCGGAGCUCGACUCGAACCCUAAGUGUCCAGGGAGAACCCAUGGACGAAAAUGGAGCUCAAACCCUACGUGACCAGUCCGUGUUUCUUGGCGAGUGUGAUGAAUCUCGCCUGAAGCCAAGGACUCAAACAUCGCAAAUCCCAAGUUCGUUCGUUGCACAAGGCUGCACUGGCGAUCUUUCCAAUAAAUGCGAUCUUGGAAGAAAUUCACUUCCGUCUUCGAAAAAUGCAAUACCAACUCUCGUUGAUGCUUUCAAAGGUGCUUUAGGAGAUGUAGAGCCGAAUGAAACUAGGCAUCCCACGAACCAAGCUAGCUCUCCGCAUGCAGGCAUCAUGGUACGAAAAUCAUCCAGUGUACCAUCGAUUGAAGCGUCUUUGUACCUGCCACAACCUCACGCAACAAAUCUGCACUACCUGCCUCACAGUCAUGAACCUAUUCUGACAAAAGACCUUCGUCCUUCCAUGAUGCAUCAAUCCAAAGCACUGGCAUCUUCUCAAAUAAGACAAGGAUCAAAACGAAAAUAUAUGAUGCCUGAAAAGCCUAUGAACACUGGGGAAGAAGUGCAUUCGAAAAAAAAGAACUCGAUGUAUCAACAUGGAAAAUAUCCGAAUAGCCUUGAAAUCAAUGAGCUACGUAUGGUAGAUACAAAUUCAAGGAUAUCCACAAAGAUAAGUCCUCAAGCAUCAAAGUUUUUUCGACAUCAACUGCGAUAUGAAGAUCUGGGUUUGUUUGACUUUAAGGUCGAGUCCAAGUAUACUUCAUCCAUGGCACAAAUUUUCUCACCGCAUGUUCCAAAGGAAAAUAUAUACUUUGGGGAGACGCCCAAAUUCCCCGAGUUCAAUACGGCCAACAAGCCGACUGCAACACCAUUCAGACAUAGCCAGAAAACUCUAGCAAUCGAAGAGAAAUUGAAAAAGGCUUACGCAUUGCAACCGUCGGAAAUUCAGAGUCUGUUUCAAAUGAUACGUUGUUACAGUGAUUGGAUAGGUGAUAGAUACCCACAGAAGUUUUUAGAAUUGGAAUCGUACUUUGGAAUUCCAUGGAAACGCUACUCUGAGAGCUCUUUGUAUUUGAUUGGGAUUUACAACCCAACUGUGAGCCGGAAGUCACAAAGGGAUCCAGGUUAUGCAGACAACCUUGAGAUCGUGGAUGAUGUCUAUGACAGACUUCGAUGGAUGAGACAGGUCCAGUCAGCCUAUGAAAUUCCCUCAUCAAGACAAAAUCUAGGUGAAGCACUGGUCUGGGGAGGCUACUUCCUGUUCUCAAAAGAUCGCACAUACGGUCAAGCAGAAAGCUGGUUCAACAGACUUGUCUCUGAAUGGAGUACAAUCCAGAAUCCAAUGUCUGAUGUUGGGCCAUGUCCCUGCACAUUCACUGUAAAAUGUAUGAGAGACAUUGCAGCAAUGACAGAGAAUACCUGGAAAACCAGUAAGAAUUUCAGAGACUCUAUCAACCAAAUCUACCAGUACAGUCAGAAAACAGGUCAUGGAGCAGAAUUUUGGGUACAGCUUCCACCUAGGAGCAGUUUGGCAUCAAAUGACAAAUUAAAUUGGGGUAACUAUUUUGACUAA